AUGGAGACAGUGGCGUCGAGCCAACAGUUCCAUUUAGGGCCCUUCCUGUCCUGCUCUUCCUGCCUGGCCCUUCCUGCCUGGCCCUUCCUGCCUUGCCCUUCCUGCCUUGCCCUUCCUGCCUUGCCCUUCCUGCCUGGCCCUUCCUGCCUUGCCCUUCCUGCCUGGCCCUUCCUGCCUGGCCCUUCCUGCCUUGCCCUUCCUGCCUGGCCCUUCCUGCCUGGCCCUUCCUGCCUGGCCCUUCCUGUCCUGCUCUUCCUGCCCUGCCCUUCCUGCCCUGCCCUUCCUGCCUUGCCCUUCCUGCCUUUCCCUUCCUGCCUGACCCUUCCUGCCUGGCCUUUCCUGCCUUGCCCUUCCUGUCCUGCUCUUCCUGCCUGGCCCUUCCUGCCUGGCCCUUCCUGCCUUGCCCUUCCUGCCUGGCCUGCCUGGCCCUUCCUGUCCUGCUCUUCCUGCCUGGCCCUUCCUGCCUUGCCCUUCCUGCCUGGCCCUUCCUGUCCUGCUCUUCCUGCCCUGCCCUUCCUGCCUGACCCUUCCUGCCUUGCCCUUCCUGCCUUUCCCUUCCUGCCUGACCCUUCCUGCCUGGCCCUUCCUGCCUUGCCCUUCCUGUCCUGCUCUUCCUGCCUGGCCCUUCCUGCCUUGCCCUUCCUGCCUUUCCCUUCCUGCCUGGCCUGCCUGGCCCUUCCUGUCCUGCUCUUCCUGCCUGGCCCUUCCUGCCUUGCCCUUCCUGCCUUGCCCUUCCUGCCUGGCCCUUCCUGUCCUGCUCUUCCUGCCUGGCCCUUCCUGCCUGGCCCUUCCUGCCUUGCCCUUCCUGCCUGGCCCUUCCUGCCUGACCCUUCCUGCCUGGCCCUUCCUGCCUGGCCCUUCCUGUCCUGCUCUUCCUGCCUGGCCCUUCCUGUCCUGCUCUUCCUGCCUGGCCCUUCCUGCCUGGCCCUUCCUGCCUUGCCCUUCCUGCUGGGCCUUCCUGUCCUGCUCUUCCUGCCUGGCCCUUCCUGCCUUGCCCUUCCUGCCCUGCCCUUCCUGCCUUGCCCUUCCUGCCUGACCCUUCCUGCCCUGCCCUUCCUGCCCUGCCCUUCCUGCCUGGCCCUUCCUGCCUGA